GUUUGCGUCGAUUGUCGGAUUUGUGCUGAAGAUUGUUUUCUGUCUCUCAUAAUCUCUACAGUUAUCUCGAGCUUUUCUUGCUGUCUAUGAAAUGGAAAGCCUCAAGAAAGCAUUCACUCCUUCUAGCAGGAAAGGAGACCUUGAGGUCCCCAUGCUGUCUGGAGAGACGGGACUGGAGAGGUCUCGCUCCGUCGAUACACCAUACAGUGCAGUGGAAAUGAACAGUUUGAUGAGUAGCUCCAGCUCUUCUGUCAAAUCAAAAGGAGGCAAGAACAAAAGGAAGUUGGCUCGAGCCAAGUCUGUGUUACCAGUUAAAGACUACGAGAGUUUAGAUUAUGAUGUCUGUUAUAAUGUACCUCACAAGCAAUGGAUUGAAUCUUACUCAAAAUACACUUAUAAGCACAUUGCUCUCAUGAGGUGGAUAAUGGUUGCACUCAUUGGGAUAGUGACUGGCACAAUUGCAUUUCUCAUUAACGUUGGCAUACAUUAUCUGAGAAAGCUAAAAUAUCAAGAAUUUUUUAGAGUCUAUGAUUUAACGCGAGAUUCUGGCACAGUAUUCCUUGCUCUGUUAGUAAUUGCUGGUUUUAAUGUAUUUUAUUCUAUCUUUGCUGGUAUCCUGGUCGCUAUCGAACCAAUUGCUGCAGGUAGUGGAAUACCUGAAAUAAAGUGUUACUUGAAUGGAAUAAGAAUGCCAAGAGUUGCUAGGAUACGUACGCUAAUUGCAAAAGCUUGUGGUGUAUUGUUUUCUGUGGCAGGAGGGUUUCUUGUUGGUAAGGAAGGUCCUAUGAUUCACAGUGGCGCUAUUGUUGGGGCAGGGAUACCACAACUGAGGAGUUUUAUUUGGAAUAAGCUCAGGCUACCUUAUCCAUACUUCAGAGAUGACAAAGACAAGAGAGAUUUUGUAUCUUGUGGAGCUGCUGCUGGCGUAGCAGCUGCAUUCGGUGCACCUAUUGGUGGAGUCUUGUUCAGUUUAGAGGAAGGAUCUUCGUUCUGGGAUCAGGGAUUAACCUGGCGCUCUUUGUUUUGUGCCAUGUGCUCCACCAUUACCCUCAAUCUCUGGCUUUCUGGGACUCCUCUUGUACCUAGAGCUAAAUUUGGCGAGCUCGAUCAACCCGGCCUUAUUGAUUUUGGAAGAUUUUCAAACGGAGGAACUGAUGGAAACCUUUGGACCUUCCCUUAUCUCUUUCUUUUUAUUCUGAUUGGUGCUGGGGGUGGUUUGUUAGGAGCUUGGUUUAACAGUCUGAAUACAAGAUUGACUAUAUACAGAAUGAAACAUGUGUUUAGGAAAAAUGUCAUUUACAAGGUACUAGAGGUCAUAUUAAUAGCUAUGGUCACUACGGUUAGCUUCUUUAUUCUUGCUACACUUCUGGGUACUUGUGUUCCAGUCAUCACAAGAACUGAACAGCAAUUUGCCAACAGUACCAGGAACUUUUUUUGUCCUACCGGAGUCACUUUUUCAACCAUUAGAUUCAAUAACUAUUUCAAUGACCUAGCUACUCUUAUGUUCAACUCUGAGGAGGAUUCAAUAAAACAGUUAUUCCAUCAAGACGGUGCGUUCACACUACCGACACUAGGCUUAGCUUUCAUUUGUUAUUAUUUCAUUGCUUGCUGGACAUAUGGAGCAGGAGUGCCCAGUGGAUUAUUUGUACCAUGUCUUACCAUUGGAGCCCUCUAUGGUAGAUUCAUCAUCACUGCCAUGCAGACCGCUGGCAUACCAACAACAAUAGACCCCGGAACUUUUGCACUAAUAGGAGCUGCCGCUUUCUUAGGGGGUGUGGUUAGAAUGACUGUUAGUCUGACGGUAAUUCUUAUAGAGUCGACAGAUGAGAUAGAGUAUGGUUUACCGCUUCUGAUAACGCUGAUGGUGGCUAAAUGGGUAGGAGACCUCUUCAACGAAGGACUUUAUGACAUACACAUAGAAGUGAAGGAGAUACCUCUGCUAGGCUGGGACUCACCUGAAAAAGUGGACAGGCUAACAGCUACUGAUGUCAUGAAUCCUGAUCUCAAGUACAUAUACCCCAUCAGUAGGGUCGGCUCCAUUGAGCGUCUUCUUAAAGUCACGGCACAUAAUGCAUUUUUUGUAGUCACUCCUCUCUCGGUCUCAGCUGAAGACACCACCAGCUCAAUUGGAGUCUCCAAGCAAAGUCCUUUGCUUUACGAAAGACGCUCAAUACACCCGGUACACAGAACCAGAUUAAUAGAGCAGAGGAGAAAGAAGGAGGCCUUGAAGAGGAAAGAGUACAAGGAGGCUACUAUUAAUGAUGACGGAGAGUCCAGAGGUGCUACUCCGUUUUCUUCUGGAGCAGAGGAAGGAGUGCAAGAUAAUGCCUUUGUGUUCCAUGGUCUGAUACUCCGGUCACAGUUAGUCGAGCUGAUCCGCAAUAGGAUAUUCUUUGAUGAGAAUUUAGGAGUUGAGACUCAGCCUCCUAUCAGUCAUUUGAAGCUAAACAAAGAUUAUCCUCGCUUUAAAGGAAUUUAUGAUAUUAAGCUGGAGGAAGGAGAGAGACAAAUGCUGAUGGAUGUCAGUUUAUACAUGAACCCAUGCCCAUAUACCAUAUCGCACCAUGCACCACUGAGACGUGUCUUUAAUUUAUUCCGUACAAUGGGACUUAGACACUUGCCUGUUAUUGAAGACUCUGGAAUAGCCGUUGGAAUGAUAACUAGACAUGAUCUGACACAUGAGCACCUACACAAAGCACUCCAUGCUAAAUCACACCAUGGCAGUAAUGACAAUGAUAGCAAUGAAAAUGAUGGGGAGCUCGAUGUUGCUUAUCGCUUUAAAGCUGCUUUAAAGAAAUCUCUAUCAAACCUUUCUAUGUGAUAAAUGCUUGAGAAAAUUCUGACUAGGUUGUGUAGCUGUGCGGGCACUGCCCAUUUAAUGUAUGUACAAUGUAGCAUUAAUAGUUUGUCAUUUUUGUAUAAUUAUUUUUUAUUAUAAUCAAAGACCAUUUGAUAUUGUUGUUGCUUGUUAUUAUUAUUAUUAUUAUUAUUAUUAUUAUUAUAUUGUGGGUUUAAAGUGUUAUUGAUGUCACUUAGGGUUAUUUUUGUACUUUUUAUCUUUAUUAUUUAUAUUGGUUUUGUGUGA